AUGCCAGCCUUAUACCAUGCGUUGGGUGGGCGUGCGACCGAAAUGGCCCCGCUCCUGAUUAAGCGUGAUUUAACGGUCAAUCACACUCAGGCCGUCACGCUUGGGGUCAUGGCAGCCUAUGUGGUUGUGAUCGCAUUGUUAUGGAAUCUCCCAUACGUUCGCUGGUCCUUGUGGCCUUUCAAGAUGCUGGUCAUCGCAUUCCACGAGUUCGGCCACGCUAUCACUGCAUGCUGCACUGGAGGAAAAGUCAAAUCGAUAUCGCUGGAUCCUCACGAAGGUGGCGUGACUCAUAUGCAAGGUGGAAUCAGUGCUGUCACAUUGCCCGCUGGCUACUUAGGAUCCUCAAUUAUCGGCGCUCUUUUGAUCUUUGCCGGAUUUGAUAUUGUUGCCAGCAAAGUUGCCAGUAUCAUACUUGGGGUCUGCUUUCUAUUGACCCUUUGGUGGGCCCGGAAGGACUGGUUGACGAUCAUGACAAUACUUCUUGCGGUCGGUUUGUUGGUGGCAUGCUGGUUCAUUGCCCAUGGGGAAGCUCUGCGGUGGGUGGUGCUAUUCAUCGGUGUCAUGUCGGCGCUCUACAGCGUGUGGGAUAUUUGCGAUGAUCUAAUUUUACGGAAAGUGAAUACUUCGGAUGCGAGUGUCUUUGCCAGCAAAUACGGAGGAUCGUCCCAGUGCUGGGGAGUGAUCUGGUCUAUCAUUUCCUUAUUAUUUAUGGCUAUUGGCAUUAUCGGAGGCAUCGCAGCUUUCCGGCAGUCCUUUAGCGAACAAGAGAAUGAGUCAAAGCACUUCAUUCCCACUUAA